AUUAACCUGUACACUGUUAUCUUCAUUAAUAUUUUAUUAUCCCUAACGCUAAUUCUAGUUGCAUUCUGACUCCCCCAAAUAAAUCUGUACUCAGAAAAAGCAAAUCCAUAUGAAUGCGGAUUCGACCCUACAAGCUCUGCACGUCUACCAUUCUCAAUAAAAUUUUUCUUGGUAGCAAUUACAUUUCUAUUAUUUGACCUAGAAAUUGCUCUUCUACUUCCACUACCAUGAGCAAUUCAAACAAUUAAAACCUCUACUAUAAUAAUUAUAGCCUUUAUUCUAGUCACAAUUCUAUCUCUAGGCCUAGCAUAUGAAUGAACACAAAAAGGAUUAGAAUGAACAGAGUAA